AUGCUUUCAGCUGGAUUUUACUAUAUCAACAAUGGGGAUACAGUCAGGUGUGAUGUAUGUGGACUAGAAGUAUCUGGAUGGACAUUGGAUAUGAAACCAUUCACUAUUCAUGCACAACGAAGUCCAACAUGUGAUUUUGUUCGUUCUAUUCUUCCCGAUCAAAUUAUGUCUGUAUCAUCAACGAUGAAUCUACUUUCAACGACUUCAGCAUCAACAGAUGAUGAAAAACCGUCUAAACGUCAAAAAAUAGAAGCAACACAACAGAUUUCUGAGCCGUGUCGACUUGUCGAAAUCGAUACUCUAAAGCAAAUACGCAAACGAACAUUUUCACAUUGGCCACAUCGAACAUCACCUUCAUCUGCACAAAUGAUUGAAGCUGGAUUUUUUGGUUGCAAUGUUGGUGAUCGGGUCAUUUGUUUGUAUUGCAAUUGUAUUUUUCAGCAAUGGACUCCACACACGGACGAUCCAUGUGAAGUACACAAAACACUAUCACCAAAAUGUCCAUAUGUCAUAGCAAUGUUAAAACGGCAGCCAACAGGUUCCAUUCUUAUUAUCAAUGAAUUUUCAAAUAAUAGUCAUUCAUUGACGUCGAACAACACUGAUGCAUUUCGGUGUAAUGAAAUUGUGUACACCGCAGCAUGUCAUACAAAUUAUAUUGAAAUUCCUAGACGUCAUGCGUCUUUUGAUACAUGGCCCAAAGAAAAUUUGCCAUCUGUUGAUGAUCUUGUAAGAGCUGGCUUCUUUUACACAGGCACUAAAACUAUUGUGACAUGCUUUUAUUGUAAUGGGUCACUGCAAAACUGGGGAGCAAACGAUAAUCCAACGAUUGAACAUGCCCGUUGGUUUCCACAUUGUGCAUAUGCUAAACAGUUAUGUGGUCCAGAGUUGCAUCGAAAGAUCCAAGAAUCGAAAAGAAUUCAACAGGGAAAAAAACUUCUUGUAUUUAUUGGUACCUUAGAUGAUGAUUUCACCGAUGAUUGUGAUGUUCUAGUAGCGUGUAUAAUUCUUCAAAAACAAAUCGAACGUAUUGAUGGUAAAAAAGAAAACAUUAUUGUACCCAGUGUAGCGAUGAACAAGAUUCGCGAAGCAGAACAAGCAGCAAUCCGUGCUUGUGAACAAGGUGCCAGUUCAUCGACUUCAGUGAAUACCACAGUUGACACUGAUGUUGAAAUGUCAACAUCAUCGGAAUCUAUUAGAAAUGAAGUAAACAAACCGGAAUUAACAAUUGUUGAUCAACAAACGAAAAAUCAAAAAUCUUCUGCUGUAGAUCCGGCUUCGCAAAGUCAAACAGAUGGUUCAUCAUUAUCUGAUCGUUGUGUUUUAUGCUUGACGGAAGAAAAGCGUCUCGCUUGCAUUCCGUGUGGUCACCUAACCACUUGCGUUCCUUGCGGUCAUUCGCUCCGCUUAUGUCCUAUAUGUCGUCGAGAAAUUGAGGCUUUUGUUCGCAUAUACCUUUAG